UCAGAGCCUGGGGGUUGUCUGCUUCUAGGUCUGCUCCCAUUUUGCAUCGCAUUUCCUCACUAGAUGGUGUGCAAGCCACUGGAGAGAACGCGUCCUCGCACAGCGAGCUCCACAUCCAAGCAAAGCAGACCUGGGAAACUACACCACGGACCGUUUCUUCACGGAGCUCCGAGCUGGAAAAGUGUGGAAAUUAAAUUAAAGCAUCAGGAUUUUCUGGUUUAUUCUUUUUUUUAUUUAUUUUUUAUUAGAACCAACUCUCCGCUUUCGGUAACAGGAAGACUUGGAGGGGAGAGAAGCAGCGAGAGAAGAAUCCAGUAGUGAUGGACAUCAUGAUUGCGGUGCAGGAUGCUUGUGUUUCUGGUCAGUGGCUUACUGCGAUCAUUUUCAGCCUCUGCUGCUUUCUGCCGUCCUGUUUGCCCGCCGGACAAACUGUGGACUUAUCCUCGAUUGAAAGUGUGGUCAGCAGACAAGGCGACACGGCUCUACUGAGAUGCUACCUGUUGGAUGGGAUCAAAGGAGCCUGGCUGAACCGCUCAAACAUCCUUUUUGCGGGGAAUGACAAGUGGUCUGUUGACCCUCGUGUUUCCAUAGUGUCCAGUGCCGGAGACAAGCACGAGUACAGCCUUCAGAUACAGAAGGUGGAUGUAGGCGACGACGGCUUGUACACAUGCUCAGUUCAGAGUGAGCGGAACCCACGGCCAAAGCUCCUCAACCUUAUUGUAAAAGUUCCUCCCAAGAUAUAUGACAUUUCCUCUGACAUCACGGUAAACGAGGGCAGCAACGUGUCGCUCAUCUGCACAGCCAGCGGGAAACCUGAGCCAAGCAUUUCCUGGAGGCAUAUAACCCCAUUAGCCAGGAAACAUGAAAGUGGCGAAUAUCUUAACAUCACCGGCAUCACGAGGGACCAAGCUGGAGACUACGAGUGCAGCGCUUUAAAUGACAUUGCCUCUCCUGACACCAAAACAGUAAAAGUCACAGUCAACUUUGCUCCAACUAUCCAUGAGAUGAAGAGCCAAGGAGUUGGUUUGGGACGCACAGCCCUGCUUCGAUGUGAAGCUAUUGCUGUGCCUUUUCCGAUUUUCGAGUGGCACAAGGGAGAGAAAAGGAUUGUGAAAGGCCAGGGCAUCGACAUCAAGAACCUCAGCACCAGAUCAUUUCUCACGGUGAACAACAUGACAGAGGAUCGUUACGGGAACUAUACAUGCGUCGCCACAAACAAGCUAGGAUCAGCUAAUGCCAGUGUGCCUCUCAUCCCAAUUAUUGAGCCCGCCACCACUAGUGCUGUCUCAAGCCCAGCGCCCAACACUGCACCCUAUGGGAGCACAGGAAGCGCACACGUCCCGCUGGCCUGCCGGUACCUGGUCCUAGCUCUCUCCUCCCUCAUCAGUGUGUACUAGCAGAGGCCAGCCCAGACACAAUGACUGUCGAGAGAAUUUAUGAAACCUUUUUGUGACAUUGCUGAUGGCUGAAAUCUGAUCCUGGUACAGUUUGUUGGAAAGCUGAGGUGGGAAAAUAAUCAACUUCACUUUUCUGUGAGGGAAUCUUUUUUUUUUUUUUUUUUUGGUGAAAAUUCUGUCAUGUAUAAAAUUAUAAUGAUGGUUUUUAAUAUUAUUACCUCUCAUGUACUUUUUUUUCUGAUUGAAUGACCACCUUAUGAAUUAGUGCUCUCUUCUUCCUAUCACCAUAUCAACAGCCCCUUAAACUCCCAGUUAGAUCAUUGUUUCCAUGUAUUUAUUUUAUGCAUCUUAUUCCUGCGACGUGUCAGCGUUUUCAUUUGUACAUGACAAAAAAGAAGCAAAUGUGCCAAGUCUCUGAUUACAAACGUUUCCAUAGCAGUGUUGUAUUGAAUGUAUUAUGGGCUGUUGAACUAAGGAAAAUACUUUUAGAUUCCUAACAAUCGUUCCUUUGAUUAUGGGGUGUGCUUAACAACAAGACAUAAAGAACAAACAAAAAAAAAACAUCAAGGUUUAUCCAGGACCUGUAUUGGCAUGAAUUCUCACAGAAAGAUGAGCAGUGUUGUGUUUGAAAAAGGAUCCCUCAGUUACCGUUCCUGCCAAACCGCUUUCCAUCAGGCAGCCGUCAAAGUAGCAACGUACACUGUUUUAUCACAACUAUAUUUUUAAUAGGGUAGGCUUUUGGUUUGUACGUGGGACCAGCUUUUCUCAUUCCACAUUAACCCGAAUCGCAUCUUUGUACAGGUUGAAUGGAGGAACACCUCUUCCUUUUUGUUUACAUCGUCCAUGAAAAUAUAAACCACAGUAUAUUCUUAUUUGGAGUGAGUCUGGAUGUGUCGGGAGAAAUUAUUGCCGUUAAGAGGGAAAAAAUUCAGGACUUUUUAGAACUAAUGGCCUCCAGUAGGCGUCGGUGCGGAACACCUGCCUCUGACAUCACAGAGCUACUACUGAUCCUCUCUGGCUACGUGUAGUAGUUUCUAACGUCUGACUAGAGUACUCGUUGUUAAACACAGAUGUGGCAUAAAGAGCGAGCAUAGCAUUCAGAUAAUCAGCAUCCAUAAGAGUUCAGACCAAAUAAAAGCAUAAAGUCUUGUAAUUGGAGCCCCUGUCGCUGGCCACCGACUGCAAUCAACCAUAUAAAAGGGUCAAAACGUGCAAAGGUUUCCUUUUCAGACAGGACUGUCAGGGCAGCACAUCCAUCCUCGACCCGUGCUGUGAACAGAGAAACUGUACUGUAAUGCCUUAAUAGAACCAUAAACACACAUAUGUUUCCUUUUUUUUCCAGAAGCUCUCUUUGCUGAUGACUGAAUGUUCAAAACCCAUCACUUGAGCUGUCUGUGAGACAAGGUGAACCUGUAAACUGGCAGCUCUCGUAGGUGUUCUCACACACGUUUCUGAUUCCUUUACAUGUUUCCGAGAUGAGUUUGGGUUCAAACUGUGUUCCGUUUCGCCCCACGACCAAGAAACAAACUACUCAAGUAUUUCCACAUGUGAACUUCUGACUGCAAAUCUGUAGAACGAUAGCCAUCGCAGUUAAAAGGCUUAAAGCACAAACACUGUCAUGAAUUUAUGUGGUGCUUUGAUUUAUUCCUGUUUGCGUUUUUGUUUUUAUUUUUUAACCAGAUUGUUUUACAGAUUCUGAAAAUACUGCACCAUAUGUUUAAAUGUUAAACUAUAAUGGAAAUGGGUCAGACGUAUAUUUAUUCUCUUCCUUUAUAAAACCGAUGUAUAAACACUACAUUUGAAACAUGUAAAACUAAAUAUGUGACAUUUAUUUGAAUGAGGCACAGUAUGGCAUAGUUUCUAAUGUUGUUGGGUUCAUUUAGAUGCCAUAACUGUUGUUGAUUUAGGUACAUUUAAAAAAGAACAAAUGUUUGCUAUUAAAUUACCGACUUUUUCUUUAUUUUUAGUUUGGUUUUGAAUCCGAGGGUGUGAACCAGUAUAUCAGUAUUAUAGAACAGAAUCAAUGUGUGUAUAUUUGGAGAAAAAAAGGUACCUUUUGAUCUGUAGAGCCAGUGUUUAGUCAUAGUUUUCAGACACUUGCGUGUUUGACGAUGUGCAGAGUAUGGUUGUACUGCAUGUUAAAAAAAAUAACCUGUGUUUAUAAGGUGGCCAAUUUUACAGAUUUCUGAAUUUUUAUGAAUGAAACUUGUUUGUCUUUUUGUUUAGGUUUUUUUUUUUUUUUUACUUUUGGUUUCUGAACCUGGUCUGAAAAUACAUACCUCUACAGAUCACCGGGCUGUGUUUGUAUGUGAUUUAUUUCAAUCAACCUUGUUAAGCUAAAACCAACUGCUCUUCAUUUCUAAUGAUACUGAUUGUUGUGGCACAUUGUGGUGACAGUCUGGAGUUAUGCUGGUUGCUUGUUUUGAGCACUUAAGACCCCGCUAGUAUUCCUUACGAAAUGUACUGGAUGUUGAUUAUUAUUUUGAAUAUGGUAUUAACAAUUCCCUUUUAUCAAAUCCGUAUUAUUUGCAAUAAAAGUCUUCAUGUUACACUGUAAAAA